AUGACUGAAAAACAUUCUCCAAUUCUUCCGUGGGCUAAACAAUGGAUUAGAAACAAUACUGUACCUACUUCAAAGAGAGGAAAACAUCCUAAAAUACAAAGCCUAUGGAAUCAUGAAGACAUUGCUGCUCAAGUAGGAAGUUAUAUACGAUCUAACAAAUCUGAUAUAACACCCAAAAAUUUACGUGAGCAUGUUAAUGGUACAAUAUUGCCAAAUAUAGGAGUGGAUAAUGAAGAUAAGCAAAUAUCUGAAUCAACUGCAGAAAGAUGGCUUAGAAGAUUAGGAUGGGUUGUGGUCAGCAAUCCAAAAUGA